UAUUAAUAAUACUGAAUAAUAUAAUCGCAUUAAGCGCGCACGUGCCUUUUUAUAUCUCGAACGUAUUAUCUUUUCAUUUAGUAAAUUAUUAACAAAAGCAGUGUAUAUCACGUCUUUAUGCGUCAAACUACUAACUAAACUCAAAAACUACGGCUUGGAUUCAUGCGGUUUUCAAAUAUAGAUAGUGCCUUUUCUGAAGAAGUUUUAUGUGUAUAAUUUAUUGCGUUCUUACUCGGGACUAGUAUUUAUACGUAAUAAUGAAACGCGAAAGUUAAAAAUUAUUUUUUGGCAAUAUUAGAUUAGACAUUCAUCUUACCUGCGUGGUACAGCACAUAAUACUUAUAUUGUAUAGAUUAAACUAUUUAAUCUUAAUACUUUUACGCCAGUAAAACUGAAUGCCUAGCCAUAGAAAUAUUAUUUUUUCUCUACGGUUUUAUGGAAUUUUCCAAAACAUGUUUUUUUUUUGUUAAUUCGGUACCUUUGGACGAAGCAAACUUGUUUUUUUUUUAAUCAUAGCGGAAGUUAUUUAUAGCUGCAAAUAAAUAUAACUUGACCAAUGACCCAAUAACAUAAAAAGCCGUAACAAGAUUUGAUCUUGUUGUAAUUAUUGCCGUUGUUAUAAAGUUUCUUUGUAGGAACUGUCAUAAGUCUUAACGUCGUAGAUUGCUAGAUCGAAGUGUAUGGAGGCAGAGCCGGGUGUUAACAGCUACCGUGGGCCCCAUGGGUAACUAUAAUCAGCCACCCUGACACAGCCAGAAAAAGUCCUCUUACAACCAGAUGACGAGCUCCAAUCUCCCGAAGGUGUCAAUCUAAAGGCUCUUGAUAUGCUUGGCUUCGAUCAUGACUCCAUAAUUCUGUCAGAGAAAGUGCCAAUCUAUCCAGAGUAUGUAGAACCCAGGCCUCCAGUGAGUGAAGACCGCAUCGUGGGUGGAACAGAAGCUGAAAUAGAGGACCAUCCUUAUCAAGUGUCAUUCAUUGUAAACAAUUCCUACUUCUGUGGUGGAAUUAUUAUCAGCGAGAACUAUAUAAUGACUGCUGCGCAUUGUGCUCAAAAUGUCGACCCUACAACUGUUGUCCUGCGAGCUGGCAGCGCCUGGCGUAAAAACGGCACAGUCAUACCGAUCGCUUCAGUGACCCCCCAUCCAGAAUACGAUAACCCCCCUUUCGACAAAGACGUGGCCGUGAUGAAAACUGUUCUGCCGAUGACGUUUGAUGAAACGAUGCAGCCGAUAGCACUGCCAGAGAGGGAAGAGCCUGUAGAUGAGGGGAUGACUCUUAUAGCCAGCGGGUGGGGGCGUAUGAUGCAAGGUGCCCCGACUAUACCGGAGCGACUGAUGGAAGUUGAGAUCCCAGUAGUGUCCUACUUCCGUUGCAUGUUGGUCUACUACAGCGUGCUCACCAGGAACAUGCUGUGCGCUGGUAACUUCUUUUUCGGAGGAAAAGGAACAUGUCAGGGUGAUUCAGGCGGCCCAGCUGUUCAGAACGGUAAAGUUGUAGGAAUUACAUCCUUCGGGCGAGGCUGCGCUCAGCCACUGUCUCCAAGUGUCUUCGCGCUGGUCUCCGCUCCCACCAUACGGGAUUUUAUCAAGGAGCAAACUGGCCUUUGAAGAAAUGUCAAGAAUCUUUAGCUAUAAGAAUAAUUUAUUGGUCAAAUAUAUCAUGUGUUAAUUGCGAAUA